GUGUUGAUUUCGCGCAGAGUACGUUCUAGUCGUGCCGAUGUUGCGGUGUGAAUCGCAACAAAUGUGUUAAUUUAUCCGAGCCGAAAAGUUAUACAAGUACUGAGCAUCGGACAGGUUGAACAUUCCCCGCACGGGAGAACCGCCAGCAUGGAAGCCCUUUACAUGCAAACCAAUAGCCUAAUCCAGGAGACGCAGCAAUGUUUCCAGCGGCUGAACGAUACGCGCUUUGCGUCGAGUGAAAUUGAACACGACAUCGAAAUGAAAAUCACUACAGUAAAUGGCAACUGCGAUCGAUUGGACGUGCUGCUCUUCAAAGUGCCAGUGGCCCAGCGUCAAAAUGCGAAAAUGCGUGUGGAUCAGCUCAAGUACGACAUACGGCAUCUGCAGGCCGCGCUGAAGAUGCACCAGGACAAGAAGCAGCGCCGCGAAACGGAACUGGCGGAGCGGGAAAGCUUGCUCAACAAGCGGUUCACCGCCAACUCCGAAACGUCGAUCGAUAUCGAUUACUCGCUGCAGCAUCACAAUUCGAUGCAGAACGCCCACCGCGGGGUGGAUGAAAUGAUCUGGACGGGCUCGAACAUUUUGGACGGACUACGGACCCAGCGCGAAACCCUGAAGGGGGCACGAAAACGAAUACUCGAUGUUGGCAAUACGCUGGGCCUGUCGAACCAAACGAUGAAGAUGAUCGAACGAAGGCUGGUCGAGGAUAAGUACGUGAUGUACGGUGGAAUGUUUGUGACAACCGUUAUUAUUUGUUUAAUUGUGUACAUUUGGAUUCUUUAGCGAACGCAAAAUAAAAUAAUGCUUUUUGCUUUCACGCGCAUGAUAA